GAUUCUGAGCUGGAGGCCACUCUGUAGUCCAAAAAGACAAGAGAGAAAAGGGAGAAGGGAUAGACAGUUGGACGUAUUAUGACUGUCUCUGACUCUGAGAUCUGGAGGCUCUGGAAUGAAGGAAAACUAACACUCUUCCUGUAACCAAGGAUCUGAGACUACGUGGGUGGUUCUACCUCCUAACACCACGACAUAGGUACCAUUGUUAUGCCCACUGUAAGACUAUUACAAGAACCUAUGACCAAGGUUCAUGGGCUACAAAGGAACAAGUGAUCUAGCCUGUGUUUGUGGAAGUUCAGAAAGGCUUGGGGGCAAGAAGAGAUCCAGAUCUAUUUGUCCACACCAAAAUACUUCCGGAGUGGUAUUACACUGGAAUUACCGGAGCCUGUCUACAGAGUCCAUUCAUUCCCCGCUUCCUCUCGGACGAUCAGCAGGAGGUCCGGGUCUCUACCCUGAAGCUUCACACCACGCAACUCCCUAACUGGGUUUCCUUCUGCAAGCCUGUUCCCUGUAGUCGCACCGAAAUCCAAGACGUACGCCAGCUCCUUUCUCCGAGUGUAGACCCAAGACUCUGCUAGUGCGCCAGAGCGCGUCACCCGCCUGGCGCACAGAGGGUAGGAACUCGCGUCCCCGCGGGUCCCGCCCGCGUCCCGCCCGGCCCGGCCAGCGGCGGGCGCCUACCCUCGCAGAUCUGGUCCCAUAGGUUCUUCCCCGGCGGCUCGGCGACCUGCGCGGGUGACACGAGCAUUUCGGGGGACCCGGGCGAUACUGCGGGCACGGGCGUGCGCGUAGUGACCGGCGAGUCCGUGGAGCCUCCCGCCUCUUCACGCAGUACGCUACGGCUGGAUACUUGUCUGGGCGCCGCCAUGGACGCGGUUUCUACAGCAACACAGGGAGCCUUGAGGCUGCGACCCGGAAGGAGAAAGACUUCGAGGGGGCGGGCCAGAAAUUCGAAGCUGACUUCCGGGUCGCGGCGGCGCGGGUGUUCACGUGGGGAUGCUUGGCCUCCUAGUAGACCAGUAAUGGUCAGCAAGACUCAGAAAGCAGACCUGGGCCCACGUCUCUCAGAGAAGAAGAAAAAGAAGAAGAAGAAAAAGAGGGUGAUUACAAAUGUCUCAGAACCAGAGACUCAGUACUCAGUCUUAAACAGUAAUGAUUAUUUUAUAGACAUUUCUCCUCCAAGGGACACAUCCCCUUCUAUCAAUGUGGGUGAGGUACAGGUCCCCGAGAUGUCACUGGUCAAGAGAAAGAAGAAAAAAAAGUCCUGUAGCACUUACUUGGAGGAGUACCUGGGGACCGAGCCUACACGGGCAAGACAGAAAAAGUCGCCUAGCCCUAGAAGGCAGGUCCUUGAGCAGUCAGCAGAAGGCCUCAUCAGAGAGAAGAAAAAGAAGAGGCGGAAGUCCUUAUCAAAGGUUGCCUCCCAAGGCUCAGGGCUGAAGACUUCCCCAGACCCCAAGCAUGCCAAGGAGGUAAGCAAAGCUGGUAGGAAGUCCAAAAAACACAGGAAGGAAAAAAAGGUUCCUGACAUGGAAGCCUUUCCUCUGCAGGACUCUUGGCUCUAUGAGGCUGGGGAUGCUGUGCGUUCAUGCUUAGAGGGGGCAGAGGCUGAGGAGCAGGCAGCCUUGGGGCAGAAAAGGAAGCAGGGGAGCCCCAGAGAUCACAGCAUGAAGAAAAAGAAGAAGAAGACCCACCAGGAGGGAGACAUCCUCUUGGGCAACUCCAGGAUCUCCAUGGCAAACAGCCUGAAGAAAGGGAGUAAGAAGUCAGUCAGAAGUGAAGCUUUGGAGUUCAUCCCGAUAGACGGCCUGAAGGCCCCUGGGAAGAAGAAAGUAAAAUCCAAGAAAAAGGUGGAACAGCCAGUUGGUGAAGGGCUGGCUGUGAAAAGGAAGAAAAAGAAGAGGAAAGAGAAUGGAGUAAAGGAAGACCCCUGGCAGGAGGAAAAAGAGGAGUCAGACACAGACUUGGAGGUGGUACUGGAAAAAAAAGGCAACAUGGAUGAGAUCUGCAUAGAUCAGGUGAGACGGAAGGCCUUGCAAGAAGAGAUUGAUCGUGAGUCGGGCAAGACAGAGGCUUCAGAACCCAAAAAGUGGACGGGAACCCAGUUUGGCCAGUGGGACACUGCCGGCUUCGAAAAUGAAGAACAGAAGCUAAAAUUCCUGAAGCUUAUGGGUGGCUUUAAGCAUCUGUCCCCAUCAUUCAGCCGCCCUCCCAGCAUGACUGUCAGGUCCAACAUGGCCCUGGACAAGAAGUCUUCAGAAAUGCUCCAGCAGAGUCUGCAGCAGGACUACGACCGGGCCAUGAGCUGGAAGUACAGCCACGGGGCUGGCCUGGGCUUUAACUCUGAGGCCCGCAAGGUCUUCUACAUUGACCGGAACGCCUCCAAGUCUAUCAAGUUGCAAGAUUAAAUUUUAUUGUCCUGUUCUUCAAACUGUUCUUGAUCAGUUUUGCAUCUAUCAAGUUGGCUUGAAAUAGUGACCUGCAGUUAUUGAGGACCAGUAUGAAUUGCUAAAGCCUCCUAUUUUCUGUGUUAAACAUUCCACCUCCUUGGGUGACAAUAUUUUAAUAGUAGCUACCAGUUGUUGACACAAGGAGGGUCCCGACUAAAAUGUUUUCCUUGUAUUGAUAUACUUAAACCUAAUUAUGGAAUGGGUGCUAUUCUCUAACAAGUUCAGGGAUAAAGUAAUAAAAUGACCCAGGGUCACCUUCUGUUAAGUGCCAUCAAGAGUACAUCACCCAGAGUCACUCAAUGAUCAGUGGAGAAAGCAACUGUUACACCAUGACUUCCACGGGGACUAGCAAGUUUGUUUCCCUUCUUCUCUCUUAUCAGGAGGCAGGUGUGGUGCACCAGGCAGAUGUGGCUGAGGCCAAUACACCUCUGAGCUGGCUUCUUUCCAGCUGUCACCCUUCCAUGUAACUGCUAUGCUUGGAUUUGAUGUUGCUGUAUCGGUGGAUCUCAAACAAGGCAUUUUGGACAGCAGGUAAUCCUGUGUAUGAACCCAUGACAGAUUUUCAGCAGCAUGUUCCAUGUUCACUAGACAGAAGACCUUGGACAUUUGUGUGAUGAAAUCAGAUGUAAGGAGUGGAGAAGAAGAUACUUCAUCUGCUGCAGGCACCAUAUCCUCCCCCUCCCCCCCAAAUCACAGCAAUCUUCAUGGAGCUCCAGAUACAGAGACCCACAUGAAUGAUUUUCUCUUCCACUAGCAGUCUGGUAUCAAGGUUCAGAUAAGGUUAUUUUCUUAUGUCUUGGCCUGAUGUCUCACAGGCAGAAACACUGGCUGGGGGAUGGGGGUGUCGCUGGUGGAGGGACUGACGCUGCACUCAGCCGGGACAUUCAUCCUCCUGGUACCAUCAUCAGUGUUGGUGUCUCCAUGCUGCUAGGAAGAUGAGAGGCAAUUCCAGAGAUGGGAGAAAACCCUCUUAAUGACCAAAGAAACUUCCAGCAGUCCUUCAGGAAACCUUUUAUGGCUUUAUUCAACUCUAGUUGUUCCUGUAUCAGCCCCCUUGGUAAAGAAAUGCCCCUCAGGCCAGCCAGGGAAAGGUUGAGGUGUGCAGUAGCGCCAAAUGGGCAGCAGAGGUGACGAUAUGCCUGAGGCAACUGCCUCCCCCACCCUGUUCCCCAUCCUGUAGGCAUGGGCCAUAUUGCAAAGACCUGUUUACACCAUUCUCCUGGGAUGAACUUGGCCUUUUAUAAAUUCAACCUCAAAAUUCAGUAAAGAAGACCACCUCUAAUCUCA